GGCUCUCAAGCCUCUUCAAUUGCGUAGCAUCCUAUUCGGCGCAGUAUUGAAGCAAAAUGGAAAAUAAGGAGCCAAAAACCCAUCUUCCCCGAUCAAACCACAAACCACCAACCCAAUUAAAUUUUGAAAUUGGUCGGCUGUUGACAUGGUGGGGCUCUACAAAUUGAAGGCAGUCACCCUCCUCAGAUUGGGUUACCCGCAAUCUUCUUCUUCCAGCGUAGUUGCUUCCACAUUUGAACGAUUGGUUGUUGGAGAUGCAAAACCCUCACAUUUUCCUCUUCAAAAUCUGCUACUCUGCAGACAUUUCACCUCAGAAAUCUCAGAAACCCACCACGAUUUCACAGUCAAUUACCUCAUAAACUCAUGUGGGCUGUCCCCAGAAGGUGCGAUUUUAUCAUCUAAGUGGGUCAAGUUGCGAUCCCCUAAAACGGCAGACUCCGUUUUGUCCUUUCUCAGAAACCAUGGAUUCUCUGAGACCCAGAUCUCCAAGAUGGUCAGGGCACACCCAAAACUUCUUAAGUCCAGUCCGGAGAAAACCCUUUUGCCAAAGCUCGAGUUUUUCGCUUCUAUUGGAGUUUCAAAGGAGCACCUUGCAAAAACUCUGGCAUUUGAACCGAAGCUUUUGUCUCUGAGCUUGGAUAACCGGAUUGCACCAACUUAUGAUUUCCUUAGGAGUCUGCUUUCUCAGAAAAAUGUCGUUUUCGUUUUAAGGCGCGGCUCCUGGAUAUUCGCAGAAGGCCACUCCAAGAAUGUUGCGCCAAAGAUCGAGGUUUUGAAAAAAUUAGGUAUGCCCCAAUCCAGCAUUUCUCUGUUGCUUACUUAUCAUCCCAACACAUUACAAUUGAAGCUUAAAGAGCUUGGUGAACUUGUGGAUGAGGUUAAGCAAAUGGGUUUUGAUCUACAAAACUCCACUUCGGUGAAGGCAAUACACGCAUUGGGCGGUAGCAAUAGGUCUGUAUGGAAUCGAUGUCACGAGGUUUAUAAGAGGUGGGGUUGGUCUGAGGAUGAUGUUCUCUCUGCGUUCAAGAUGCAGCCGCAGUGUAUGAUUGUCUCAGAGAAGAAAUUAAUGCGAACACUGGAGUUUUUAGUGAAAGAGAUGGGGUGGUCUUCGAAAACGAUUGUGAAAACCCCACUGGUCCUUUGUUUCAGUUUCGAGAAGAGGUUGGUUCCAAGGUGUUCAGUUGUUAAAGUUUUGUUGCUGAAAGGACUGAUAAACGGAAUUGAAAAUGUGGGUUUGCGUUCUUUGUUGGAGCCUGCGGAUAAGUGCUUCUUGGAGAGGUUUGUGGCCAGAUACAUAGAGGAAGUACCUCAGUUAUUGAGUGUGUAUCAAGGAAGAGUUGCAGUCCAGGAUGUAUGAUGUAUGUAGGUCAAACGAGGUUAGAUAUUGUUCAUUUCCAUUGGUAGCAGCUAACUUUUAACUAGUGUUUUAUAUUUCUCUAGAAAUGAAUUCAGUUGUUAAUUAUUUGUUUGUCUUAGCAUUUCACUGUCUAGCUACUUUAGUUAUAUAUCUACUUUCUUAUCUGAAAUGAACCUGAGAUUUGACCUGCUCC